UCUUUUUGUUGUCUUGAGCGUAGGGUUUCUUUAGUGGUAGCACCCGCUGUUUACAAUCUCUUUUUCCUGGUGCACACAUGGCUGGAAGAGAAUUUGACAUACAGUAAUGCAGUGGAGUUAGAGGCGUUUAACUAAAUGUUAUAAUUUUGGGUGCGCUGUUGUUAGAAGAAAAGUUAUUUCUCACCAGAGAGGAAGGAGUGAGUAAUCAUUUUCAAAAAUGAAACAGAAAAAGAAAGGGGACCUCAGUCAUGCUGAGCUGAUGAUGAUGACUGUAGCUGAUGUUAUCAAGCAGUUGAUUGAUGCUCAUGAAAAGGGAAAAGAUGUUAACUUGAACAAGCUAAAGACCAAGACUGCUUCAAAGUAUGGCCUCUCAGCACAGCCUAGGCUGGUUGACAUUAUCGCUGCAGUCCCUCCUCAGUAUAAGAAAAUUCUGGUUCCCAAACUAAAGGCAAAGCCUAUCAGGACUGCUAGUGGGAUAGCUGUGGUGGCAGUCAUGUGCAAACCUCACCGAUGUCCACAUAUCAACUUCACAGGAAAUAUUUGUGUGUACUGUCCUGGAGGUCCUGACUCUGAUUUUGAGUAUUCAACGCAGUCCUAUACUGGCUAUGAGCCUACCUCAAUGAGGGCAAUCCGUGCAAGGUAUGACCCUUACCUGCAGACAAGGCAUCGUGUGGAACAGUUGAAGCAGCUUGGACAUAGUGUAGAUAAGGUAGAAUUUAUUGUAAUGGGAGGCACAUUCAUGGCACUGCCAGAAGACUACAGGGACUACUUCAUUCGGAAUCUACAUGAUGCCCUGUCUGGACACACAUCAAAUAAUGUAGCAGAAGCAGUUAGGUACUCGGAACGCAGUAAGACCAAGUGUGUUGGCAUCACUAUUGAGACAAGACCUGAUUACUGCCUGAAACGACAUUUGAGUGAUAUGCUGUCUUAUGGCUGUACACGCCUGGAGAUUGGUGUUCAGAGUGUCUAUGAGGAUGUAGCUAGAGAUACUAAUAGGGGUCACACGGUGAAGGCUGUAUGCGAGUCAUUUCACAUGUCAAAGGAUGCUGGUUUUAAAGUAGUGGUACACAUGAUGCCAGAUCUGCCCAAUAUGGGACUGGAACGGGAUAUAGAACAGUUUAUUGAGUUGUUUGAGAACCCUGCCUUUCGACCUGAUGGCAUGAAACUAUACCCAACACUUGUGAUUCGUGGUACUGGACUGUAUGAACUUUGGAAGACUGGCAGAUACAAGAGUUAUCCGCCUAGCACCCUAGUGGACCUCGUAGCUAGAAUCCUUGCUUUAGUGCCUCCAUGGACACGAGUUUAUAGAGUACAGAGAGACAUCCCAAUGCCACUGGUGACAUCAGGAGUGGAGCAUGGCAACCUCCGUGAAUUGGCUUUGGCUAGGAUGAAGGACUUUGGUACAGAAUGUCGAGAUGUAAGAACAAGAGAAGUGGGAAUACAAGAAAUUCAUCACAAAGUUAGGCCUUAUCAGGUUGAAUUAGUUAGAAGGGACUACGUGGCUAAUGGUGGCUGGGAAACAUUUUUAUCAUAUGAAGAUCCAGAACAGGAUAUCUUGAUUGGGUUGCUGCGCCUGCGAAAGUGCUCUGAAGAAUCGUUUCGCCCCGAAUUAAAAGGAGGUGUCUCUAUUGUUCGAGAGUUGCAUGUAUAUGGCAGUGUAGUUCCAGUCAGCAGCAGAGACCCUUCCAAGUUUCAGCAUCAGGGCUUUGGAAUGUUGUUAAUGGAAGAAGCAGAGAGAAUUGCCAGAGAAGAACAUGGGUCAAAGAAAAUUGCAGUCAUUUCAGGAGUUGGCACCAGAAAUUAUUACAGAAAGAUUGACUACGAGCUGGAAGGACCGUAUAUGGUUAAGGACCUGGUCUGAACAACUAGUGAUAUAAGAUCAGAUAAUGGCAAUGAAAUUAUUCCAGAAUACUGCAAAAACUACAUCUGCCAUAAAAUUUACAAAAAGAAACACACCAGCAAACCAUGGAUUAGAGGUCCGUUUGCUCAAAUGACAUGCAUGUUGUUUGUUUUUUCUUACAGAACUAAGUAUACAGACUUUCUGCAAUGAUAAUUCUAAACAAAUUUUAAAUUAGUACCUGGUAGAAGGUAAUUCUCAGAGUCGCAUAUUCCAAAGCUAUGAGAUAUUUUUUUCAUAAGUUAACCAAAAGCUACAUCUGUUACUGCUACUCAAAAAUGCAUAUUACUGAUAUGGAACUUGAUAAUAAAGGUUUAUGUUUUUGGAAGAAGGUA